UAGCCGUUGAUCAGAGGGACCGAGAAAAAGAAGAUGGUGUCAAUGGCUAGAAUCUUCAUGGGCAUUGGUGCAUGUGCUCUCCUGAUCAUGGUUUUGGCAGGGGGAGCCAUGGCACAAAAUGGGCCACCAAAGAAAGUUAGCUGCGAAUCGAAGGAGUACCCGAAAUGCUACGAUCUGGUGCACGUGUGCCCGAAAUAUUGCAGAGACUCGUGCGAGGUCGACUGUGUCACGUGCAAGCCCGUGUGUAAGUGUGACCAGCCAGGUGCAGUGUGCCGGGACCCACGGUUUAUCGGCGGCGACGGUAUAAUGUUCUACUUCCACGGAAAGAAGGACCGCGACUUCUGCCUUCUCUCCGAUUCCAAUCUCCACAUCAACGCCCACUUCAUUGGCAAGCGCAAUCCCGCCAUGAAACGGGACUUCACGUGGGUCCAAUCCAUCGCUAUCCUCUUCGACAAUCACCGUCUAUUCGUGGGUGCCCAAAAGACAGCAACGUGGGAUGAGGCUGUUGAUCGUCUCGCACUCACCUUCGACGGAGAACCCAUCUUCCUCCCACAAGGCAAAGGAGCCCAAUGGCAAUCGACGGUCUUGCCGAGCGUGUCCAUCACAAGAUCACAUGAUACUAAUGGGGUCAUAGUCGAAGUUGAUGGGAACUUCAGGAUCACCACGACCGUGGUCCCCAUCACCAAAGAAGAAUCUCGAGUGCAUGGAUAUGAUGUAACCGACGAAGACUGUAUGGCCCACCUCAACCUGGGAUUCAAGUUCUACUCAUUGACUGGCGAUGUGACUGGCGUGUUGGGUCAGACAUAUGGGAAGAACUAUAUAAGUAGGGUGAAUAUGGGUGUAGCCAUGCCUGUGAUGGGUGGUGAUCGGGAGUUUGCUGUUACGAGUCUCUUUGCUGCUGACUGUGAAGUCUCUCGAUUCAACGGUAUCGGGGCUUCCUCGGGUAAUGCGGAGUUUGCAAGCCUAAGCUGUGGAAGUGGCAUUGGCGGACGUGGUGUAGUAUGCGAGAGAUAG